AGUACAUACAAACUUAGAUACUUCAAAAUGAAAUUUGUUUUCGCCGUUUUGUUCAUCGUUGCUGUAAUGGCUGAAAAUAAGGCUUUCGCUCAAGGACAAGGGCAAGGUCAGGGUGAAGGACAAAUGGGAGGAUCAGGCGGAGGACAAAUGGGAGGAAGCGGAGGAAUGGAUGCCACGGGAAGCAUGGGAGGAAACAUGGGUGGAAGCAUGGGUGGAAGCAUGGGAGGAAGCAUGGGAGGAAGUGGGGGAGGAAGCAUGGGAGGAAUGGGAGGAAAAUAA